UAUCGCAGACUAGUAUAUAUAUAACACUAUAAUAUAUACAAUUCAUAUUAUCUUCUUAUCUUUGAGACUUGAGAGAGAAAGGGUUUUUGGCAUCGAGCAAGGAGCAAGGGCUUUUGAUAGAAGCAGUGAUCUUUUUUGCGGGGAGGAUUUCGAAAGAGAAGCAAACAAUAUAGAAAGCCUGAAAGGGAAACAGAGUUAGUGUAAGGGGAGAAAAGAAAAAAAUAAAGCAAAGCAGUGAUCUUUUGGGGUCCUCUCUCCCUUCUCCAAUCUCUCCAUCUCCAUCUAAUCCAUUCUCUUUUGUCUCUCUAUUCCUCUCUUUUUAAAAUUUUGUCACCAAUCCAUUUCCAUGCUCAAUCCAUUUCGUCGCCUUCUCUAUCAAACAAAAGUCUUUGUUAUAAACUAAAUCCCCCCACCAGAGAAAAAAGAUUCAACUGAAAGAGAGAAAGUUUUCAAAAUGGUGACUGGUUGGAGAAGAGCUUUUUGCACUUCCAUUCCCAAGAAACAAGACAGCCCAGUUUUACCAGAAAAACAACAGCAUCAACAGCAAAGCAAUAGCACCAAAAGUCCAAGAUUUACCUCAAAGUUUGGGUUUUUUUCCAACCCACCAACACCAAGGUUACAAUCUCAACCCGUUUCAAGCCCAAGUCUCCGUUGCCGGACCACUUGCACCCCAACUUCUUCACUUCCCAAUAGCCCCAAACUCCAUUGCAAAACUUCCCAUUUCUCCAAUCCUUCCUCCCCUAAAUCCCCCUCCAGUUUCUCCCUCCUUAAAUCCACUCUCCGCUUCUCCAAAGGUGGUCGAUGUGGAAUCUGUGCACAGAGCGUGAAAACGGGCCAAGGCACGGCGAUUUUCACGGCGGAGUGUUCCCAUUCCUUUCAUUUCCCCUGCAUCGCCGCCCAUAUAAAAAAGCGACAAUUACUAAUUUGCCCCGUCUGUUCCACCACCUGGAAAGAGCUCCCUUUACUCUCUCUUCAACAACCGGAACAACCUAAUAAAACAUCUCUGAAAGACAUCAAAACGAAGUCGUUUCGUGUCUAUAACGACGAUGAACCAUUAGCCUCCCCUGUUUCUCUUUCUCAGUUUAAUCCCAUUCCAGAAUCCGAAGAAACCGAAGACGACUUAGAAGAGGAAUUCCAAGGUUUUUUUGUUACUCCGAAGAUUGGGAAAGAAAUUGGAGUUAAUGCGAGAAAUGUGGAGGUUAGGUUGUUACAAGAGGCGGCGAUGGUGGCAGUUGGGAGAAGUUAUGAAAGUUACGUGGUGGUUAUGAAAGUGCACGCGCCAACCGUGACACGUGGGGUGAAGAGGGCUCCGAUUGAUUUGGUUACCGUGUUGGAUGUUAGCGGGAGUGGGAUGCGGUUGCAGAUGAUUAAACGCGCGAUGCGGUUGGUUAUCUCUUUGCUUAGCGAAACGGACCGUUUGUCGAUCGUGGUAUUUUCAUCGAGUUCGAAACGGUUGAUGCCGUUGAAAAAGAUGAGUUCCAGCGGACGGAGAUCUGCGCGGAGGAUUGUUGACGCGCAGGAGAGUAACGGGCAAGGGAUGAGUGUCAACGACGCACUUAAAAAGGCGGCUAAAGUGUUGGAAGACCGCAGAGAGAAAAACGCCGUUGCCAGCAUCAUGAUCUUAUCCGGCGGUCAGGAUAAACAGUCCCAAUUGAAUCCCCCCAAUCAGAACCUUCCAGUUGUUUCAACCACGCGCCUGGCCCAUUUGGAAAUCCCCGUGCACUCCAUCAGUUUCGGUACGUGGACCCACGCUCCAAACGACGACGCGUUUUGUAAAAUCGUGAACGGUCUCGUGAGCGUGGUGGUGCAGGAUGUCAGGCUCCAACUGGGAUUCGUAUCCGGGUCAGCCCCAGCAGAGAUUUCUUCUGUCUAUUCAUUGAAGUCCCGGCCCACUUCCGUGGGGUCGAAUUGGGUGCGGGUCGGGGAUUUGCACUCGGACGAGGAGAGAGAAUUAUUGGUGGAAGUGAAAGUACCCGUAUCUUCGAGUGGGUCCCACAGGGUAAUGUCCGUACGAACGUCUUACAGAGAUCCAUUUACUCAGGAGAUGGUCUACUCGAGGGAUCAAAGCCUGUUAAUACCUCGGCCGCCGCAGUCCGUACGAUCUUCGUCGCAUAGCAUCGGACGGUUGAGGAACCUGCAUGUCAGCACUCGUGCCGUGGCGGAGUCUCGUCGGUUGAUUGAGCGGAAUGAUUUAUCGGGGGCGCACCAUUUGCUGACCUCGGCUCGAGCUUUGUUGAUGCAAUCCGGGUCGAGUUCGGCUGAGGACUUUAUCCGCGGGUUGGAAACCGAGUUAGCCGAGUUGAAUCGGCGGCGCCAGAGACAAAGGGUAAAUAACACUAAUGUUAAUAAUAAUAAUGGUCUGGGGGAGGAAAAGUCUGAGCCGUUAACGCCGACUUCGGCUUGGAGAGCCGCGGAGAGAUUGGCUAAAGUCGCGAUUAUGAGGAAGCAUAUGAAUAGAGUUAGCGAUCUGCAUGGAUUUGAAAAUGCUAGAUUUUAGUAUUUCAUUUUAUUUUUUUUUGUUCCGACUAUUUUGUAAUACGAAACAAUUAGUAUAAAUUUAUAAAAAAAAUAAAAAAUUGGGAAGGGAAAA